AUGGCCAAUGAAAAUGACAUCACCGUGGCGCAAUUGGCAUCAAGAAUGGAUGCUAUGUGGAGAGACAUGCAAAGGAAACUUGAGCUCCACUUUGAGUCCAUGCAAGAGCAAAUUGAACAAUUGGAUCCCUCCAGAAACGCACAAUUGAAUCCCUCCAGAAACUCUUCUAGGAAAACUAGAGGGAAACUCACCGUGAAUGAAUUCAGUGACUCUAACUCAAAGGGAGAGUUCGAAGAUGACAAGCGAAGGCCACGGAGAAUGACACAGCGGGCUGACCAUGUGGAGGAUCAACUCAAGGGAAUAAAAUUAAAAAUUCCUACCUUCCACGGCAAAUCGGAUCCCGAAGCGUACUUGGAGUGGGAGAGAAAGAUUGAGUUGAUCUUUGAUUGCAACCACUACACAGAGUCUCAAAAGGUAAAGUUGGCCGCCAUCGAAUUCACCGAUUACACCGCAGUUUGGUGGGAUCAACUCGGCAUCAAACAACGAAGGAAUAAGGAACCGGCCAUUCGGACAUGGGACAACUUAAAACGAAUCAUGAGGAAACGCUUCAUACCCGGUUACUAUCACAGGGAUUUGCAUCACAAAUUGCAAACCCUCACUCAAGGUAGUAUGACGGUUGAAGACUACUUCAAAGAAAUGGAACUGUCCAUGAUGCGGACUGAUGUUCACGAAGAUGAGGAGGCCACCAUGGCACGAUUUUUGGGAGGAUUACGGCCUGACAUUGCUGACAUCGUGGAGCUUCAACACUACCUUGAUAUGGGAGAACUCUUGGACAAAGCUAUCAAGGUAGAACGGAGGUUCAAGAGGAGGGGAACGGUCAUACAAAACUCCAACUUCCAAUCUGGAAAUUGGAGAAAUACACCCUUCAAGAGGGAGGAUCACUCCUCGAGUGGCCCACACUUUGCAAAGUCGAAUGGAAAUUCAAGGGGGACUUUGAGGCCGACUACACUACCUUCCAAACCAACUUCAAGGGAGGAUUUUAAAUCCCAACCAGAGGUCUCUAAAUCAAGGACUCGUGACACCAAAUGCUUCAAGUGUCAAGGGUUUGGGCACAUUGCUUCCCAAUGCCCCAACCAACGGACCUUGAUCAUGUUACCCAAUGGCGAGUUAUUGACCGAUGAUGAAGACGGGAAACAUGAGGGAAUACCGUCCUUGGAGGGGGAAGAGGACGAGCUUGAUGAGAUACCUGUCAAUGACACGGUUGGAUGUCUAGUGGCAAGCCUAGUCAUUGACCCAGGGAGUUGCACUAAUGUUGCAAGUGCACUAAUGGUGGAGCGACUCGACUUACCAACAACUGACCACCCGCGUCCCUACAAACUCCAAUGGCGAAAUAAUAGCGGCGAGGAGUAUCAUGAUGUGUUCCCCGUGGAUAUACCUAAUGGAUUGCUACCUUUGAGAGGGAUUGAACAUCAAAUUGAUUUCAUCCCUGGGGCUUCCUUGCUAAACAAGGCACCGUAUAGGACUAAUCCCGAGAAAACUAAGGAACAACAAAGGCAAGUAGAGGAGUUACUUGGCAAAGGAUGGAUUCGUGAGAGUCUAAGCCCCUGUGCUGUACCCGUCCUACUUGUGCCUAAGAAGGAUGGAGGAUGGAGGAUGUGCACUGAUUGUCGAGCUAUUAACGCCAUAACGGCAAGGCUCUACGCCAACCUUAAGAAGUGUACUUUUUGCACUGAUCAACUUGCUUUUCUAGGAUAUGUUAUACGUGCACAAGGUGUACAAGUGGAUCAAUCAAAGGUGAAGGCUAUAAAUGAAUGGCCAACACCUUCCAAUGUAAGUGAGGUGAGGAGUUUCCAUGGCUUGGCAAGCUUCUACAGGCGUUUUGUCAAGGACUUCAGCACCAUAGCUGCACCACUUACAUCUAUCAUCAAGAAGAACUCACCCUUUCAAUGGGGGGAAGAACAAGCUAAGUCUUUCCAAUUACUUAAACACAAGCUCACACAUGCACAUGUUCUAAGUUUACCUAACUUCGACAAAACUUUUGAGAUAGAGUGUGAUGCUUCUGGUAUAGGUAUUGGGGCUGUUCUACUCCAAGAAGGUCGACCGAUCGCAUACUUCAGUGAAAAGCUAAAUGGAGCCGCCUUGAACUACUCAACCUAUGACAAGGAAAUGAUGGCAUUAGUUCGAGCUCUCCAAACUUGGCAACACUACCUUCGACCUCGAGAGUUCGUCCUGCAUACUGAUCACGAAUCUCUCAAGCACAUCAAGUCACAAACCAAGCUGAGUAAACGCCAUGCAAGAUGGAUAGCCUUCAUCGACACCUUUGCAUUCGUGAUCAAAUAUAAAACAGGUAAGUCUAAUGUAGUAGCUGAUGCACUUUCUAGGAGAUAUACACUACUUACUACAUUGGAUGCCAAAUUACUAGGAUUUGAAUAUCUCAAGGAUCUUUAUGCCACUGACCCAGAUUUUGGUGAGAUUUUCAACUCCUUGCCAUGA